UAAAAGAAUAACAGAAUAACAAUACAGAAAUGUUAAUAAAUGUAAUAUCUUGCGAUUUUCUUAAGUAUUACUAUCAAAUAUAUUAAAUGCUAACUUACUUGCAUUCAUAGUGCUCCUCAAUACUAUACUUUGAUAUGAUAUGAACAACUUUUAUAGUUGUAAAAUAGUUUGGGAGGCGUACCGUGUCAGCAAUCUUUUUUGUGUAUUUUCUAAUAAUUUACAAACAUGCACGAGGCAUAUGAAGUGUCCCACCUUCUUAAUCUUACGGUCCAAAUAGAAGCUAUUGCAGCAUAUGAUGACCACCUGAUACUGGGGACCAGGCAGGGCCACCUGAUGAUGUAUUCGCUGUCAGCCACUAACGGGAAUCAGAAAUAUGAGCUACAACUCUUACAGUAUUGUAAGAAUUUUAGUAAGAAACCUAUUCAGCAAAUUGAAGUCAUCCCAGGUGAUAACCUUCUGUUGUGUCUCACCGAUAACAUACUCACAACACAUGAUAUCAAAGGUGUGAAUUUUCCACUCUUGAAGACAUUCUCUCAAACAAAAGGUGCAUCCCUUUUUGCUAUUGACAAUAAGUGUCAAACCUCCAUGACCGGUGAAUCAAACUCUGUGGUCCGUCUCUGCGUUGCCGUGCGUCGGAAGCUGCAACUGUUCUAUGGGAAGAAUGGAGAAUUCAAACAGCACUUGUUUGACUUCAAUAUUCCUGAUGUGCCUAAGGUUUUGGCUUGGGGACAACAAUAUUUAUGUGUUGGUUUUAAAUCAGAAUAUACUUUGUAUGAUCUCUCUUCUGGGAACCCCAAAGAGCUCUUCCCAACCAGCAGUUCCAGGUCUCUAGAGCCCACCAUAGCAAAGUACUCAGAAACUUGCUUCCUGUUGGGUCGCGAUCUGACUUCAGUGUUGGUUGAAGAAGCUAAGGAGAUAGAAAUAAGGAGCACUGUCAAGUGGCAGUCAGCGCCUAUUGCCCUGGUGUGGGACGAGCCCUACCUCCUCGGGCUGAUGCAGGACGACAACGUGGUAGUGCAGACUGUAGACCCCGCCUUGUUCGUGCAGACACUUCCCGAGCUUAACAAAGCGAGGCUGAUGUAUAGAUGUAACCGAGGUCUUGUGUUUGCUGCCUCUGUGGGGCAGGUGUGGUGUCUGAGCUCCGUGGACAUCAACAAGCAAAUACAGCAGCUCCUCAAAGACAAGCAGUUCCAAAUCGCUAUCAACUUGACGAGUUUGAACGACUGCCCCGAGGAAGACAAACGUCAAAAGAUACAUUCCAUACAAAUGCUCUACGCGUUAGAGCUUUUCGACAACAAGAAAUACGCUCAAGCCAUGAACGAAUUCGGAAAAUUAAACACCGAUCCUGCGGACGUCAUAAAGUUGUUCCCAGAAUUGGAAAACAAGCCGGGAUCUAGCGGGAAAAAUGGGAAAUUAAAAGGGGAGGACUUGGAGAAUGCGUUGAAUGCUUUGGUGAAGUACUUGCUGGAGCUGCGGUCGAGGAAGAGCAGCGCGAGCGAGGCGAGCGCGCAGGACGAGGCGGGGCAGAGGAAUGUGCAGCAGCAGCUGGAGCUGAUUGAUAUAACGCUGUUGAAGUGUUAUUUGCAGAUCAACGACGCCUUAAUCGCGCCACUCCUCCGCCUAAACAACUGCCGACUCGACGAAGCAGAGAAGAUCCUCUCAGCGCACGGCAAAUAUACUGAUCUAGUAAUAUUGUACCAGACUAAAGGGCAGCAUUUGAAGGCGUUACAGCUUUUGAAGGAGCAAGCGAAACAGCCAGAUUCUAAUCUAAAAGGGUACAAUAUGACCAAGAAGUGCUUGCAGCAAUUAGGUGCUGAACACAUAAACCUCAUCUUCGAGUUCUCCGACUGGAUAAUACGAGACCAUCCAGAAGAAGGGCUCAAAAUAUUCAUCGAAGACAAAAUCGAGGUCGAAAACCUGCCACGACCGAAAGUUCUAGAUUUCCUACUACGGGAACACAAAUCUCUAGUCGUCCCUUAUUUAGAACACGUCAUACACACAUGGAACGAUACUAACAAUCUGUUCCAUGAUGCUUUAAUAAAUAUGUAUAGAGAAAAAAUAACGGAUAAAAAGGCUAUUAUUACAGAAGAGGAACUCCAGUAUACGAAGUCGAAAUUGCUGACUUUUCUAGAGAAAUCUUCACAUUAUACGCCGGAGAGAGUAAUACUGCAUUUCCCGACCGAUAGUUUGUUUGAGGAGCGAGCUAUUAUUCUGGAGAAGUUGGGCAGGCAUGAACAGGCCCUGGCUAUUUAUGUACAGAUUUUAGGUGACGUCGAACGAGCUAUACAAUACUGCGAGAAAACUUGCGAUAGCUCCAACGAAAAGAGUCGCGACAUAUACAUUAUGCUGCUUCGAAUCCUAAUGAAUCCGCAACAGAGCAGCGCGCUCACUGGUCCUCUAGCAAAUAUACCUAGACACCCGAAAACGGCUGAACCGGACCUCGAGACAGCUCUUAAUAUAUUGGAGAAACAUGCGGAUAAGAUAUCACCUAUUAAGGCGUUGUCGGUGCUUCCCGACUCAGUGCCUCUGGCCAGGCUAAAGCACUUCUUAGAGAGCGCGCUGGAAAACCAAUUGACGGUCAAGCGGAGGACGCAAGUGCUCAAGGGAUUGCUGUACGCGGAACAUUUACAGGUACAAGAGUUGAAACAGUACCACGAGUCGAAGAGCGUAGUGAUCAACGACUACAACGUGUGCCCCGUGUGCAAGAAACGCUUCGGCAACCAGAGCGCUUUCGUGCGCUACCCCAACGGUGACAUCGUGCACUACUCAUGUAGGCUAGAUAAGUCAACCAUAGAGUAGAGUAUAUUGAAUAGCAUGAUAUAGAGUUAUCAGUCAAGAUUUUCGAAUGCAGCGCCAUCUAUUAUUAAGUUACGACAACUUUUCAUGUGACUUUCCAUGCCUAAAGGUUCCUUUACGAACAUGAAGCACGUGGACCCUUUAAACAUGGAACGCCACAUAUUUAUGGCGGGAUUUCUAAAUAGGUAAU